CCUCGAGCGGGGAGGGGGGACUUCACCACCAGGAGGACCCCUCCUGGCUCCUCGCGCUGGUGGCGGUGUCGCUUCCCCUUGUUCCUAUGAGUGGCGUCCCCCUGCCCCCGCCGUUACGGAGCCAGCCCUCGUCUUCCCUCCCUCCCUCCCUCCCUCGCUCCCCCCUCGCCCUCCUCAUUCCCUCCGUCCGACCCCUCCCUCCCCUCCUUGGCUCAAGCCCAGCCGCCGGGGCGGGCGCCCCGCCCGCCUGCGCAUCUGGAGAGAUGCACAGGCACUCCCCGCUGCCGCAGCCCGACGACAGCGACGGCGGCUCGUCGGGCGGCGAGGGGGAUGCGGACGGCGGUGCGCAGGCCCGGUUUCUGUGGCAGUGGGACAGGAUGGUCGACAUCACCCUGCGUUGUGGUGCGCGCGGGGGAGCGCGCACUCUGGGGAAGCAUCUGCUGUGGGCCUGCGCGCAGUGGUUGCUGAUCCUGGCCACCGCGGCGGCGGCCGCGCUGCGCUGGGACGGCAGCCGCUUCUCCGACCUGCUCAUGAGGAACGCCUUCCUCCUGCACUACGCGGCGGAGUACCUGGGCUGCACCGGAAUGUACUCUGGCUUCUCGCCCCUCUUCCCACUCACCUGGUACCGGUUCGCGCCCGGCACGCUCAAGGAGCCCCUCUUUGACGCCCUCGGCGAUCGCAGGACCUGGGCGGACGUCUGCGUCAGCGCUGCAAACGUUCUCGUGCCGGCCGCUGCCACGGCCCUGCCGCCGUCCAGCCCCGCGGUCGCGCUCUGGGCGGGCUGCGUGCUCUUGGCGCUGGUCUCGGACUUUUCCGCCUACAUAGGCGCCAUGGGCUGCUACUACGGGCCCAUCUCGGCGAUCUUCGCGCACGAGGGGAUCCAUGGCGAAGCAGGCCACACGGCUGCGCUGCAGGUGCUCUUGCUUGUUGUCUACGUGUCAUGCGGCCUGUCGAAGAUGGGUCCAGGGUUUUCUUACGUGGCCAUGCUGGAGUGGACUCAGCCUUCAGCGUUCGCGGGUCGCGCGUUCUGGCAGCGGCUCUUCGUCUCCGACGCUGCAGCUCAGAAGUGGUCCCCGUCGCUCUUUGCAGUGGUGCUCGCGCGUGGGGCUGCAGUGGUUGAGUGGGCCACGCCCCUUCUUUUCCUGUGCCCGCCGUUAGUCUUGCACAAAGUGGGGCUGGAAUGUCUGGGAACUGCGCCCGUCGACUUCGCUCUGCUCGUGAUGUGCGGCAUGCACGCGUACAUCAUCUUUCACCUCGGGAGCGACGUGAACAUGUUGAAUUCGGUCACUGCGUUGUGGUGCGUCUACGUGUUCCGAAUCAGGAGCGUGGGUUUCGACUACGAGGACUUUGCGGUCAUGGGCUGCGCGCCGCGCCUCGCCUUGCUCCUCCUGGCUCUGCUGGUGGCGCUCGGCCACCUGAGGCCGGACGCCGUGUGCUGCCAAACGGCGUACAGGUUCUGGGCUGGGAACUGGCCGCAGGCGUUCUACGCCUUCUCGCCUGCCGGCCUGAAGAAGCUUGGCCGCAUCCCCUCGAACCUGCGGCUCCCCAGCACAGCGGCGGGCUGGCGCGCCUGCGCGCACAUCUGGGCCUCGCAGCUGCCAGCCCGCGUGCUGCCGUUGCUGCUGCACGAGGUCGGGCGCAGCCGGCCGCAGCUGUCCACCCUCCUGCCCGGCUUCCUGGUGGCUAACUUGUGCUUGGGAAGUUGCAGCAACUGCGCGCUGCGGGCCGACCAGCUCAACGCUCGCCUGCAGCAGGCCUUCGGUCAUCGUCCCACUGUGGGGAUCGGCGGUUUCUGCGGGGCGUAUUCCGCGUGCGGCGGCGCGAUGCGCUGGAGGGUCGCCGACCUGUGCCGCGGGGUGUUCGCGCGCGGCCGCGUGCCCGUGCAGCAUGCGCUGGCCAUCUCCAAGCCCUCGGACUGCCAGUCGCUGGCGGCGCACCUCCCGCUCUUGCGGGGUUUGUAGGUUGGGCUCGGAACAUAGUGCGCGCCGCGCCCUCUCCUGCGUGCCUGCGCCUGUGCCAAGUCGCUUUGCUCCAGCCAACGGGAGUUGCAAUCGUGCACCGCGCUUCUCUCUUAUUUGCUGCGUUUCAUCCUGCGUUCCUUCCCCGUCCCCGCUGGGGCAGAUCCCUGGGCUCGACGAAA